AAUGUGCCUUUAAAGUUAGUAAGAGUUAACAACAGUAUAGAACCCUUUCAGGUUGCCCGGAUAUUCAGGAUAGGCCAUAUACUGAUGGCAAAGGUUAUGUGCUUUAAGUUCCAGCCGGUAGAGGGUUAAUAAUUGUUUUAAGGAUUACUGUAUAUGGAAGCGUUCUGAGUUUCUUUUGACCUUUGUGAUAAAAUACAAUGAAUGAAACUUAUUCGAAACGAACAGCUUACUUAUAUUGACACGCAUAAUUAUUCAAUAAGUCGUGACUAAUAAUAGUGAUAUAGUACUAAUUCUACAUAUUAAAAUAUUCACGCACAUGAAAACUGAAAACAGUACACAUACAUAAUGAUAUAUACAUAUUUAUAAUUACCUCAGAAAACGUUUAUAUUAAAAUAAUUGACUUAUACAUCGUCCUAGUAAUUUACCUCUGUUCUUUGAUCGACCGAGUGGAUAUUUAUGCCAUGAACAAUAUUGGUGGUGUUCAAAGUUUCCAUAAUCGUUUUUAAUUUAUGUUUUUAAAGCUGAAAGAGGAAUGUUUGAAAAGAUCUGUGGAGAAUAUCCAUUAUGGGAUGCUGACAAAGCACUUCAAGCUAAACCAGAAUUUAGUCCCUGUUUUGAAGACACCGUAUUAGUAUGGAUACCAUAUGGCUACUUAUGGAUAACUUUAAUACCAUAUCUUCUGUACUUAAAAAAGAGGGACAAUGAUCCUCCGCUACCAUGGACGCCGUUGAUCAUAACUAAAACGAUUUUGACAGUAUUUUUGUUUUGUUUGGCAAUAACAGACGCUUUGCUAACAAAGGGUAACGGGUACAGGUGCACCAGUGAUAUGAACAUCCCCUCGGGUAUCUACUUAGCUGACGGUAUAAAAGCCGCAACGUUUAUUUUAAUUUUGGUACUCGAGCAUUACAUGCGUAUUCUUGGAGUGAAAUCGUCCGGAGUCCCUUUUGUUUUCUGGUUACUAGCAACAGUAGCAGCUAUUGUUCCAGUAUAUUCAGUAUCGUCUGCAGGGGUGUGGUGUUCUAAAAGUACACUCCAUUGUAUAGAGUUUGGUUUUCUGUGUAUACAGGUGAUUUUGCGAUGUUUCGCCGAUCAGUAUAAAAACAGGGGGUAUCAUGGUUUAGACUCAGAUCCAUGCCCAGAAGAAAAUGCUUCAGUUUUAAACAAAAUAACAUUUUCCUGGAUAACAUCUUUGAUCGUGAAGGCAUAUAAACAGACAUUGACUAGCAAAGAUUUGUGGACGCAGACGAGACGACUUCAGAGCAAGCGAGUGGUCGGACAUUUUCUUAGAAACUGGAAAUUUACUAAAGAUAAACUGAAAGCACUAAAAAUUUCAAGAGCUAAAGAUCACGCCCAUUCAUACAGUCGAUACAGUAAGGACUUUGGUUCAGAAAGAACGCCGUUGCUAGGCAACGUUUACAGUGAUGACAACGGUACUAAUAACGUUUCGUUCGGGACUGUACCAGUAGACGCUGAUGGUAGAGAAAAUCCUUCCAUUUUCAAAGUUGUAAUAAAAUCAUUCGGUUGGAUGUGGGUCGAGGCAUGCGGAUAUAAAAUAAUUGGCGAUGCAGUGAAUCUCAUGCAACCACUUAUUUUAAGUGCUAUUAUCGACGUAAUAGAGAAGAAAAAUGGCGAUGAUGCUUUACCUGUUUGGAUAGGAUUUACGUAUGCUGUGGCCCUUUUUGUUACCAGCAUGAUCAAGUCUCUAGUAUGGCAGACAUGUCUGCAGAAUAUGAUUGGUCUAGGACUUACAAUAAAAACAGCUUUGAUUGGUGCAGUCUAUCGAAAGGCUUUGACGCUUUCAAAUUCUGCCAAGAAAUCAUCUACUGUUGGAGAAAUUGUGAACUUGAUGUCAGUAGAUUGUCAAAGAGUUCAGGAUGCUUUUACAUUUUCCCAUCAUAUAGUGUCUCUACCUUUCGUAACGAUUGUUGCUAUGGUACAACUAUGGACGUUUAUGGGCGUGGCUAUGUUUGGUGGACUAGCGGUUGUAUUGUUGGCUAUUAUAAUAAAUGGAAUUCUGGGAAGACUUCAGCAACGUCUGCAAAUACAGAUUCUACGUAACAAAAGUAAACGAGUGAAAAUUUUGAAUGAAGUAAUCAAUGGUAUAAAGGUUUUAAAGAUGUACACAUGGGAGAUUCCGUUUCAAAAGAAAGUGACGGCUAUACGUGCCGAGGAGUUAUCAAGAUUGUGGAAAUAUGCCAUGCUGACAGCUGUCGCCAUUUUAUUUUCAAUUCACAGCCCCUUCAUGGUGAAUUAUAUGUUGGUUUUGGUGUACACGUUGAUGCAAUCGGUACAUUAUCUUGAUGCCCAGACGGCUUUUGUUGUGCUUUCUUUAGUCAACAUUUUGCGUGGACCAAUAACCCUUACACCGUUUGUGAUCAACGGUGUUAUACAAGGCUAUGUAUCCCUGACGAGAAUUCAAACGUUUUUAUGGAAAGAAGAUAUCAACGAAGACAAUAUUUCUACUAAUGAAGCGGGAGAAUACAGCAUAAAUAUAGAAAACGGGUCAUUUGCGUGGGACAGAAACGAUCCAAAACCAACUCUUACAGGUAUUGAUUUGAAACUUCGCGAAGGACAAAUUUAUGCAGUAGUUGGCCAAGUAGGAUGUGGGAAAUCGUCAUUAAUAUCUUCCAUUCUUGGAGAAAUGGAAAAACUAAAAGGAAAUGUUAAUAUAAAGGGUAAACUAGCAUAUGUUCCACAGGAAGCGUGGAUUCAAAAUUUAACAGUCCGUGAUAAUAUCAUCUUUGGUAAUGAAUGGGACCUUGAUAGGUACAACAAAGUUCUGACCGGAUGUGCAAUGGUGCCUGAUCUCGAAAUGCUGUCCGGCGGUGAUAUGACGGAAAUAGGUGAAAAGGGUAUAAACAUCAGUGGUGGCCAGAAACAACGAGUAAGUUUAGCAAGAGCUGUAUAUUCGGACUGCGAAUUCAUAUUUGACUAUCUUCUUUUAUUUAUGGGAUGGUUUUUGCAAAUUUCUUGUUCAAACAUACUAAAAAAUGAUGAGGAGUCGGAUGCCGAUGACACUGAUGUUCACACGGCGAGCAUCAUUCCUGAUGACAUAACACCGCCGAAAUCUUCUACGAAAAGACGAAGACAUAAAUCAAGUGAGCGGGAAAAGUCGUUUGGAAUGUCGUUUACAAAAGAAGCUGGUUCAAAUAAAGACAUGAAGAAGAACGAUCAGUUGAUGAGUCGUCUGGUGCAAGAAGAACAGUCUCAAAAGGGAGCGGUUAAGUUCGCAGUGUUUCAAAAGUACGCCAAAUCCAUGGGUUAUAUAGCUCUGAUAUUUGUAAUGGUAUUUAUGGUGGCGUUCCAGUCUUUAAAUGUCUUUUCUAAUUACUGGUUAACCUACUGGACAGAAGACGAACUUAUGAAGAAUGUAUCGUUAGGGCAUACAUCGGAAUACGAAAAUAGAUAUGUGUAUUAUUUGGUAUGGUAUACCGUUAUUGGAGUUAUUCAAGGCGGUGCCAUCUUUGCAUUUGGUGCACUUGCUUUAACAAGGAUGGUUAGAGCGUCCGGUAUACUACAUAACUCUAUGUUAGAAUGCAUUCUUCGUUCACCAAUGUCUUUCUUCGACACGACACCAGUGGGUAGAAUAAUGAACAGAUUUUCCAGUGAUAUCGAUGUCAUGGAUGAUAGACUGCCUCUAAAUUUUAGAUUAUGGAAUAUCCAGAUUUUCAGUACCAUUGCAACAAUUAUCGUCGUGUCCAUAAGUACGCCAAUCUUCCUGGUUGUCAUAGUUCCCGUGACCAUCGUAUAUCUAAUGUUAUUGAAAUUCUUUCUACCGACUGCAAGACAAGUGAAGAGACUUGAGUCUGUCCUUAGGUCUCCAAUAUAUAACCACUUUAGUGAAACCAUCACUGGUGUUAGCGUCAUCAGAGCCUAUAAAUGUAUGGACAGAUUUAUCGAAGAGUCUGAAAAAAGAAUUGAUACAAACAUUAAGUUUUUCUUUGCAGCCCUCUCUGCUUCCAGGUGGAUUGCAAUACGGCUUGAAACUUUAGGAAAUAUUUUAAUUUUGGCGGCUGCAAUAUUUGCUCUGAUAUCUACUGGUCUGAACGGGGCACAAGUUGGUCUGUCUAUUACGUAUGCACUUCAAAUCACUAUAAGUUUAAAUCUUGUAAUACAAGCUGUAAGCGAGAUGGAAAUGAACAUUGUUUCUGCUGAAAGGGUAAAGGAGUACACAGAGUUGAGCCCUGAGGCACCUUGGUCAAUCAGAUCAAGACGUCCGAGUAGAGGCUGGCCUAGAACUGGAUCUAUAGAGUUCCGUUUGUUUAGAACACGAUACAGAGAUGGCUUAGAAUUAACACUUAAAGGAAUCAGUUGUCAAAUACGUUCUGGAGAAAAGGUAGGAAUAGUUGGAAGAACAGGGGCUGGCAAGUCAUCCCUCGCAUUGUCAUUGUUUAGGUUGAUCGAAUCAGCAGGUGGUGCUAUUAUCAUUGAUGGACAAAACAUCGGAGAUAUAGGGCUUCAUGACCUCCGCAGUAAACUCACUAUUCUUCCCCAGGAUCCUGUAUUGUUUUCUGGAACACUAAGAGAAAAUCUUGACCCAUUUGGUAGAUACGAUGAACACUUGUUAUGGGAGGCUUUAAAAUGUGCACAUUUAAAGGCAGCGGUAGAUAAUAUGUCAGGACAAUUGGAAUAUGAAUGUGGCGAAGGAGGAAGCAAUCUGAGUGUUGGACAAAGACAGCUGGUUUGUCUGGCCAGGACAUUGCUUCAUAAAACGAAAAUUCUAAUACUUGAUGAGGCCACUGCAGCAGUUGAUUUAGAAACUGAUGAACUUAUUCAGGCAACAAUAAGGACCGAGUUUAGUGAUUGUACUAUACUAACAAUAGCCCAUAGACUUAAUACAGUACUUGAUUAUGAUAGGGUUCUUGUUUUGUCUGAAGGAAAGAUACUUGAAAUUGAUGCCCCGAAUAAAUUGUUACAGGAUCCAAGCAGUGUUUUCUUUAAGAUGGCAAAAGAUGCUGGAUUAGUGUCGUAGAAAACUAUAUUCUAUUAAAGCUGUAUUAUUGGCGAGUUAUUUUGAAACAGGCAAAGUGUUUGAAAUGUUACAUAGAGUUAACAAGAUAUUGUCUGAAUGAAUCCCCCGUGUUAAAAAAUACUUUAAAUAAAAAGUUGACUACACAUGUUUUAAAGCU